UUUUAAUGGAAUUCAGGGUGUUUUGGGGUAACUCGGGCAGUUUGGGGGCGCUGCACGAGUGGAGCAAUUUGGGGAAAUUUGGGGGAUUUUAGGGUGAAUCAGGGGGUUUGGGGGACGCUCGUGAGCUGCAGUUUGGGGCAGUUUUGGGUAUUUGGAGGCACCACCUGAGCGCAGCGAUUCAGGGAAAUUUGGGGGAUUUUGGGGUAAAUCAAGGGUUUGGGACGUGCAGCGUGAGCAGCAUUCCGGGACAAUUUUGGGUAUUUUGGGGCGGCGCACCAGCACAAAAUUUUGGGGCAAUUCAGGGGAUUUUAGGGUAAAUUUGAGAGAUUUGGGACGCGGCACGAGCAGCAGUUUGGGGCAAUUUUGGGGUGCAGCAUUUUGGGAUAACUCGGGGGGUUUGGGGCUCAGCGUGAGAAGCAGUUUGGGACAUUUUCGGGUUUUUUGGGGCGCAGCAUCUUGGGGCAGUUCGGGAUAUUUUGGGGCGCCACGUGCACGCGAGAACUUGGGGCAGUUUCGGGGUGCAGAAUUUUGGGGAAAUUCGGGGGAUUUUGGGGUAACCCGGUUAUACUUCGGGGCACCACGUGAGCGCGGCAGUUGGAGGCAAAUUUGGGUAUUUUUGGGGCGCAGCGCAAGCGUAAAAUUUUGGGGUGACUCGGGGUGUUUUGGGGCGACUCGGGGUGUUUUGGGGCGACUUCAGAGAGGGGGUCUGGAUAACCCGAGGUGUUUCGGGGUGACUUGGGGGGGUUCGGGGUAACUCUAGGAAUUCGGGGUGACUCCAGGUUUUUGGGGUACCCCGUGGGGAGGUUCGGGGUGACUCGAGGAGGAUUUUGGGGUGACUCCGGGCGAGGUUCCGCGUGGUUUUUGGGGAGAUUCCCCGCGCUCGGCGCGCGCGGGACGGGCGGGGGGGUGUGUCCCCUCAUGGGGGGCGGGGGUCCCCUCACGCCGGGUCCCUCCAAUAAAGAAAUCGCGGGAGAUGCGGGACGAGCUCCCCGAGGAUUUCUACAUCCCCAUGAGCCUGGAGACCACCAACCUGACGGCGCUGAGCCCCUUCCUGGUGCCGCAGACGCACCUGGGCAGCCCCGGGAUCUUCAGGGCCAUGGCCGCCUUCAUGUUCCUGCUGGUCGCGCUGGGCGUGCCCAUCAACGCGCUGACCGUGGUCUGCACCGUCAAGUACAAGAAGCUGCGCUCGCACCUCAACUACAUCCUGGUCAACCUGGCCGUGGCCAACCUGCUGGUGGUGUGCGUGGGCUCCACCACGGCUUUCUACAGCUUCUCGCAGAUGUACUUCGCCCUGGGGCCGCUGGCCUGCAAGGUCGAGGGGUUCACGGCCACGCUGGGCGGGAUGGUGUCCCUCUGGUCGCUGGCCGUGGUGGCCUUCGAGCGCUUCCUGGUCAUCUGCAAGCCGCUGGGCAACUUCACGUUCCGCGGUAGCCACGCGGUGCUGGGCUGUGCCAUCACCUGGAUCUUCGGCCUCAUCGCCUCCGUGCCCCCCCUCUUCGGCUGGAGCAGGUACAUCCCCGAGGGGCUGCAGUGCUCCUGCGGCCCGGACUGGUACACGACGAACAACAAAUGGAACAACGAGUCCUACGUGAUUUUCCUCUUCUGCUUCUGCUUCGGCUUCCCGCUGAGCGUCAUCGUCUUCUCCUACGGGAGGCUGCUGCUCACCCUGCGCGCCGUGGCCAAGCAGCAGGAGCAGUCGGCCAGCACGCAGAAGGCGGAGCGCGAGGUGACCAAGAUGGUGGUGGUGAUGGUGCUGGGCUUCCUGGUGUGCUGGCUGCCCUACACGGCCUUCGCGCUCUGGGUGGUGACGCACCGCGGCCACCCCUUCGACGUGGGGCUGGCCUCCAUCCCCUCCGUCUUCUCCAAGGCCUCCACCGUCUACAACCCCGUCAUCUACGUCCUCAUGAACAAGCAGUUCCGCUCCUGCAUGCUCAAGCUCGUGUUCUGCGGCCGGAGCCCGUUCGGGGACGAGGACGACGUGUCCGGCUCGUCCCAGGCCACGCAGGUGUCCUCGGUGUCCUCCAGCCAGGUGUCCCCGGCGUAGGGCCGGCCCCACGGCUCUGCCCCAUAGCGGGGCUGCCCCACGGCUCUGCCCCACGGCAGCCCCGAGCCAGCCGGGGCUGCCCCACAUCGGGCUCGGUCCUAUAUCAGGCUCAGCCGCACGGUUCUGCCCCAUAUCGGGCUCUGCCCCACACCAGGCUUGGCCCUAUAUCGGGCUCAGCCCUAUAUCAGAUUCUGCCCCAUAUCGGGCUCUGCCCCACAUCGGGCUCUACCCUAUAUCGGGCUCAGCCCUAUAUCAGAUUCUGCCCCAUAUCGGGCUCUGCCCCACACCAGGCUUGGCCCUAUAUCGGGCUCAGCCCUAUAUCAGAUUCUUCCCUAUAUCGGGCUCUGCCCCACACCAGGCUUGGCCCUAUAUCGGACUCAGCCCUAUAUCAGAUUCUGCCCCACAUCGGGCUCUACCCUAUAUCGGGCUCAGCCUCAGGGUUCUGCCCCAUAUCGGGCUCUGCCCCACAUCAGUCUUUACUCUAUGGCAGCUCUGCCCCACGGCAGCUCUGCCCCACCCCCCCACCCGCUAUGGGGCAGCCCCACGGCUCCGUUGUACAUAAACCCCCCCCCGCAUUAAACACUGGAGACGC